UCUAUCUAUAUAUCUAUUAUCUGUUCGUCUUGGCCUGGUUUCUUUCUUCUCCCUCGUUUUCCAAGCAAGCAACCACCACCAGAAGAAGCCCAGCUUGUCCCACGUCCCACAGCAGCCACGUUUCGACAUCUUCCUGGUCUUUGACGAGUCUUGAGUUGCGAGGAGCUGUUUCACCUGCAUCACACGCAUUGUCUCUCCCACAACCCAGAUCAAUCCCACAGACAAACCUGGGUCGCAUAGGACUUUACACAACGCUUACACUUGACAACCGAAUCAGAUUGUCUCACCAAGAAUUUUGCCUUUCAACGCGGCGUCAUCUCAACCCAUAAUUAUCCUCGGUCCUACAAUCAACACACCCACCAACGCCAGUUCAUCCGUCUCGUCCACGCGCAUCAAACAUCUUUCACCGCAUCAUGCCACCCGCAGAGGGACCUCGCGCGCCCCAAGGGCCCGUCGGGGCGCCACCGCUGGCCACGCCUGAGACGGCCACGCCCGAGGAGCUCGAGCGUGCCGCCAUUACAAUUUCCGUCGCUGACCUCGAGGAGCGCGUGGCGGACACUCGUGAUUCGUGGGAGACGGAUUCAAUGUAUGAAGAUAUCCUGGAGACCCUGGAGCAGGAAUCAGGCGACACACCGGGCAGCUGCACGCCGGAAGAGGCCAGUCGCCUGCGUCGCGAACUACGUGAAUACGGACCCGUGGUAUUCGCCCAGCGCACCCUCGACUCGGGGCGGUACACAGCGCGCAAGCUCCUCACAGCCUUCAACCUCAAGGCCCCCGCCUUCUUGGACGACUGUCCAGACGAGGACUUUCAUCCUCUCCUCACGGUGGCCAUUACGCGGGAGCUUGCCAAGCGGGCCAAACUCACACGCUACAACACCGUCAACGACGCCGUGCACUUGCUGCAGAGGUCCUCCAACGUGAUUGUGCUCACGGGGGCGGGCAUCAGCACCAGCCUUGGCAUCCCCGACUUCCGAUCCAAGGGCACGGGUCUGUACUCCAAGCUCGAGCACCUGGGACUCAACGACCCGCAAGAGGUCUUUGACAUCCACACGUUCAAGGACGACCCGACCAUCUUCUACUCGGUGGCCAAGGACAUUAUCCCCUCCACGGACCGCUACACGCCCACCCACAAGUUCAUCGCCAUGCUGCACGAGCGCGGCAAGCUCUUGACCAACUACUCGCAGAACAUUGACAACCUGGAGAUUGUCGCCGGCGUGCCCAAUGACAGGCUGAUCCAGUGCCAUGGCUCGUUUGGCGGCGCGACCUGCGUCGAGUGUGGCUACAAGACGGCCGGCGAGGACAUCUUCCCCGACAUCAGGGCGGGCGUCAUCCCCAAGUGCCCAAGGUGCAUCCAGCGUCUCCGUCCCGCGGCGCCAAAACGGAAGCGAUCCAGCGAGGGGCCGAACGGGCGUCGACGGAGACGGAAGAACGGGCAUGACGACGAUGACGACGACGACGACGAUGACCCGGCCUACGACAUCCCGCAGGCCGGCGUCAUGAAGCCGGACAUUACCUUCUUCGGCGAAGACCUACCCGACGAGUUCUCCAAGCGGCUGACGGAGCACGACCGCGAAAAAGUAGACCUGGUCGUCGUCAUCGGGACGAGUCUCAAGGUGACGCCCGUGAGCGAGAUUGUCGGCUGGCUGCCGUCGCACAUUCCGCAGCUGUACAUCUCGCGGCAGGCCGUGACGCACAUCAACUUUGACAUUGACCUGCUCGGCGACUGCGACGUUGUCGUCGAGGAGCUGUGCCGGCGGCUGGGCUGGGAGCUGAAGCACGAGAUGGUGACCCCCGGGCGCAUCACUGUCAAGACGGAGGAGGGCUACAAGAGUCGACAUGUCUUUACAAAGGAGACGUCGGAGUAGGGCGUCGUCGUGUAGUCUUUGCAUACAUAGAAGGGUCAAUGAUAAUGAACA